UGCUAAGAGACGCGUUGUGUCCAUGUUGCCGAGGUGCAAGUAGGAAGACAGCUAAAAAAAAAAAAAAAACAGAAAGUAGAGCUUCAUUUAGCGCCAUUAAUGAAACGAGAGGUUUUAUUUACAGUGUCUGGAAGUUAUCCACGCUAAUGGUGAAGCUGAGGGCGAGGUGUCUGCUUGUCGGAGAUGCUGCAGUGGGGAAAACUGCUCUUUCCCAUAUGUUUCACAGCGAUGGUACUCUCUUCCAGAAGAACUACAGCAUGACAACCGGAGUGGAGCUGCUAAUGAAAUGUGUGAACAUCCCAGAGACCAACAACAGUGUGGAGCUCUACAUCAUAGACUCUGCAGGGAAGCAGACAUUAGUGGAAGCCUGCGAAAAAAUGUGGGGGGAGCUGUCCUUGCUGUGCCUGGUUUUUGACCUGACCAGUGAGCAGUCUUUCGCCAACUGCAGCCAUUGGAUGGAGAGAGUUCAUGCUCACUGCCAUGGUCUCCUCAUUCCAGGUGUCCUGGUGGGAAACAAAUCAGACCUGUCUGCCAGAAGGGAGGUCCAGGCAUCCGUGGCCCAGGAAUGGGCCCAAACCCAGGGGUUGGAGUACUACGAGACAUCGGCUCCUCGGUUUAGCCCGAGCCUUCCACUCUCUCUACCAAGAACGUCGCGAGACCAUCCAGAACCUGAGUCCAGCCUAGACCCCCUCCCCAGUCAGACACACACACACCUUGACUUUUUACUCAUUGGAUAAUAGACACAGUUUUUUUUAAUUUAGAGGAUUUAAUAAGCUUUAUGGAUAAUACAUGUAAGGCUGUGAGGCAAUAAAAAAAACAACCCUGUUUUCUGUUGGCUUGUUCAGGGUGAUAUUUGGAUAUGACUGUGAAUAAAGUUGAUUUUCUGUGAUAA